UAGGAGAAAAUAGACUCAUAGCAGCAGCAACUUCAUCCGGAGAGAGAUAUACAGACAAAAAUCUCUCUCUCUCUCUCAGAUCUCUAUACGUACGCGUGUGUGGAUGCUUAGAUCUCAAAAGCGUCACCAUUUCGGAUCUCAAUUGACGGCGUUAGGGUUUUGAAGGGUUUUUCAUUUUUCUUCAAUGGCUACGCCCUUUCCCAUUCCUCUCACCGCUGCUCAGGUUGGGACUUACUUCGUCGGACAGUACUACCAUGUGCUUCAGAAUCAACCCGAGUUCGUUCAUCAGUUCUACUCUGAUGCCAGUACCAUGCUUCGUAUCGAUGGCCACGCUAGAGAAACUGCCACUGCAAUGCUCCAAAUCCAUUCACUGGUCAUGUCACUCAGCUAUACUGGAAUUGAAAUCAAGACUGCACACUCUUUGGAGUCUUGGAGUGGUGGUGUUAUCGUGAUGGUUUCUGGAUCUGUGCAAAUUAAGGACAGCCUGCGGAGGAAAUUUAUGCAGACGUUCUUCCUUGCGCCCCAAGAAAAAGGCUUUUUUGUGCUAAAUGACAUUUUUCACUUCGUUGAAGAUGAUCUUAUUCAUCACCAUCACCACCAGGCAGUCUUGUUAGCUCAGAGCAAUCUUGAUUCAAAACUGAAUGCUCCAAGUACAAUUAAUAAGCCAGUAUCCAACUAUAUGCUGGGUGGAGAUAUCCAGGCUAGGGAGUAUGUUGCUGCGAAUGAGGUCAAAGAAAAUGGUGUAGCUGACAGUUACGGAUUUUCAGAGCAACAAAUGCAGCGGGGUCCUGAUUCUGAACAAAUUAGGGAGGAUAAUGCCGGUGAAGAGUCUAAUGGGUCACUUCAUUCUUCAGGGAAUACCGUGCAAGAUCACCUACCUGCUUCUCCUGAAGAACCUGCCGGGGAGCCACAAAAGCACACUUAUGCCUCCAUUUUACGGGUUGCUAAGGGACAAUCUUCUCCAUCUGCGGCUUCUCAACCCUCCCAUAAAAAUGUUUCCCCAUCAGAAUGGGAUCAUACUCCACCUAGCAGUAAUCAGCAAACAACUGCAUCCACAAAUGUAUUUGAAAGGUCUGACACAGAUGCAGUGGAAGAACUUCCUGCAGCAGAAUAUGAAGAUGAAAUUAAAUCCGUUUAUGUGAGAAACUUGUUGCCUACGGUGUCUCCUUCUGAAGUGGAAGAGGAAUUCAAGAAUUUUGGUAGAAUCAGGCCUGAUGGAGUUGUCAUAAGAAGUCGCAAGGAUGUUGGUGUAUGCUAUGCAUUUGUUGAAUUUGAAGAUAUGUCAGGCGUUCAUAAUGCAGUCAAGGCAGGAUCCGUUGAGAUAGCAGGAAGGCCAGUAUACAUUGAAGAACGGAGACCGAACAGUAACAUUCCUUCUCGAGGAGGAAGACGAGGUAGAGGCAGGGGUAGCUAUCAUUCAGAGGCACCAAGAGGGCGUUUCAAUUCAAGAAACUAUGGCAGGGGAAAUGGUCAGGAUGGUGGUGAUCGCGAGUACAACAAACCAAGGGGAAAUGGUUUCUACCGACCAAACCCACGCCAAGAGAGAGGAUAUUCAGCUCACCAUGUGCCAAGAAAUGGACAGAAUCUGGCUGAUUCCUCAGUAACUAAUUAAAUAAAAUUAUCAAGAGUCCAAUUUUGAGUCCAGAUAUUUCAGCUCCUAGUAGUCAACUUCAAUAGAUUACACCAAAUAUUGGUAUUUUUUAGUCUUAAAUUAAGAUGUUGAGGGAAUUAGAUAUCUUCGUUUCUGGUCAAUUUUGUUCAAGGGUAUUCUAUUCCAUUUGUUCCUCCCGGAAUUUUUUGUUUAGCUGGUAAUGUGCUUAUUUAAAACAUGACAUUUGUUUACUCCCAAUUGAAAUUUGAAAUCCAUUUUUAUA